AUGGCGACCUCUUUUCUUCGUAGAAGCUUGAACUCAAGUCGCUUCCGCUUCAUCUCUACAUCCUCCUCGUCUUCUUCUUCUUCCUCACAUCGCCGCGUUGUUGUCACUGGUCUAGGGAUGGUGACUCCACUUGGACGAGGCGUUGAGACAACAUGGAGGCGUUUGAUUGGUGGAGAAUCCGGGAUUAGAGGACUGACACCUGAUGACCUCAAGAUGAGUUCGUUUGAUGAAGAGACAAAGUUGUAUACUUUUGAUCAGCUUUCCUCCAAAGUUGCCGCCUUUGUGCCACAUGGAACAAACCCAGGUGAAUUUGAUGAAGGUCUUUGGCUAAACUCCAAGGCAAUUGCAAAGUUCAUUGGAUAUGCUUUAUGUGCUGCUGAUGAAGCCUUGAGGGAUGCUGACUGGUUACCAACAGAAGAGGAAGAAAAAGAAAGAACAGGAGUCUCUAUUGGUGGUGGAAUUGGAAGUAUAAGUGACAUUGUAGAGGCAGCGCAGAUGAUUUGUGAAAAGAGGCUGCGGCGGCUUAGUCCCUUUUUUAUCCCAAAAAUAUUGGUGAACAUGGCAUCUGGUCAUGUGAGCAUGAAAUAUGGAUUCCAGGGGCCAAACCAUGCUGCUGUGACAGCUUGCGCAACUGGUGCCCACUCUAUAGGCGAUGCCACUAGGAUGAUUCAGUUUGGAGAUGCAGAUGUUAUGGUAGCAGGUGGAACUGAGUCCAGCAUUGAUGCUCUCUCCGUUGCUGGAUUCUCUAGAUCAAGAGCUCUGUCAACUAAGUUCAAUUCUUCACCACAAGAAGCUUCACGGCCUUUCGAUUGUGGCCGGGAUGGUUUUGUGAUAGGGGAAGGCUCAGGGGUUAUAGUAUUGGAGGAACUUGAGCAUGCAAAAAGACGUGGAGCAAAAAUUUAUGCUGAGCUUUGUGGAUAUGGGAUGUCAGGCGAUGCACACCAUAUUACUCAACCUCCUGAAGAUGGAAAAGGAGCUGUGUUGGCCAUGACACGUGCUUUAAGACAGUCUGGUUUAUGUCCAAAUGAAGUUGAUUAUGUAAACGCACACGCAACGUCUACCCCAAUAGGCGAUGCUGUGGAAGCAAGGGCUAUCAAGACCGUAUUCUCUGAUCACGCCACUUCAGGCACAUUUGCUUUCUCUUCCACCAAGGGCGCUACUGGUCAUCUUCUCGGAGCAGCUGGAGCUGUAGAAGCUAUUUUCAGCAUUCUUGCUAUCCACUACGGAGUUGCUCCUCUAACGCUGAAUGUCAAGAAUCCGGAUCCCAUCUUCAACAAGAGUUUCAUGCCUUUAACCACUUCGAAAGAAAUGCUAAUUAAGACCGCAAUGUCGAAUUCUUUUGGCUUUGGUGGAACAAAUGCAUCUUUGCUCUUUGCCUCAAUCUAA